CCAUAAACCCUGAAGAAGUGUCAAUGAAGAUGAUAUUAUGCCAAAAGAAGCUGGUAAGGACAAAAAGCACACAGCAAGAACAUGAAGAAGAAAUGGCCAAGAUUGGAGAAUUUCUGCCGGAGACGUGACAUCUUCAUCUUGGAUCAAGAAAGUUUCGGCAGCAGGCAGGAGAUGGAGAUGAUAUCGUAUCUUAUCAACUUAAUUUCCCCAUGUUUAUUACUGAUGGAUGGAAUUUUGGUGAACAUAAUUAUAACGUUUAUCGAGCUACCUGAAACUGAAGCUGAGGAAUUGUGGGGGCGACUACUAAAGUAUCUAAUCUACAAGGGAGGAUUUCUUCUGUUUGUAGUCCCACUAACACUAAAUCAAGCAGAACUCUGGUCAAAAUGGUUGGUCUUACUAUGCACCAGCAAGACGCUGCAAGCCAUAACAAGGGGUCGCCUUGAACGGCUGAAUGCGUCGCGUUCUGAAAUUGACUGGACUGAUUACUCUAGAAUACGUUGUGUUUUUCUUAUAUAUUCUAUUUUCUUCAUGUAUCUCACUCUCCUUGCACUCGGUACUUGUAGGAUAUAUUCAAUCAGUCACAUAACAAUACUCCCAUCGCCUCUGUUUUGGCUGUUAUUCUUUGAGCCUCUAAGUAUCGCUUUCGAAACACUACAGGCCAUUUUGUUUCAUGGAUUUCAACUGAUUGAUAUAUGGCUUCAUCACUCACCACGCAACACCACAAAUUCCAAAAUAUUAAAGGUUUUGGAUAUGGCAGCAGGUUUACUAUGGGAACGGAAGCGUAUUAUAUUACGGGAUGUGGGAUUUUUCCUAGACAUUAUGAGUUUGGUCAUGUCUCUCGGUCAUUAUAUGCAUAUAUGGUUUCUAGUUUUUGAUGACAUGACAUUUCCUCUUGUUGAUUCACUGCUUACGCUACCUAUACAAGACGUGUUAAGAGCACUUCUGAUGCGUAUACGGGAGUUUAUUGUCUAGCUAAAUUAGAAUGGUGCGCUGAAGGAACCUUUGAUGCAAUAUGAAGUGAUUAUUUAUGCAUGAUUGGAUUAGAUUUUCGAAAUAGAAUGAUAUGUAUAGGACCCUUAUAAUAUAUUAUAUUUUGUAGCUAGGUCAUGUUUGAACAUGAAAACUUCAAGAAUUUAUGCCCACAAGCAAAUAGUUGCAUUUCCGUC